AUGAACAAGAAGAAGAGAGUGAUGAUAAAAAGAAAACAAGUGAUUGAAGAAGAAGCUGAUGAACAACAGGACGAUGAAGAUGAAAAAGAACAAGAACAAGAACAAGAAGGUGGUCAACAAGAAGACACUGAUGAAGAAGAAAGCCAACAAGAAGAACAACAAACAAACCAACAACAAGAAGUCAAUGAUCAAGAACUGACAGACCAACAACAACAACAUGAAAAAAAAGAACAAGCAAAACAACAAGAAGAACAAAGGAUAGAACAACAAGAAGAACUCCAAGAGAAAUAUGACAUAUUUCAUGCACAAGGUCAUGACCACGCACAAACAUCAACCAAGGAGGACGACAAGGACAAACUCAUAGCAGCCAUGAGAGCACAAAUGCAAGUAAUGGAACAAAAAUUCAUGGUUGAAUUGCGUAGAAAAGAAGAUCAAUUAAAGGAAAUGUUCGCCAAAAAAAAUGGCAGUCCCCAACAAAGAUCAAUGGUCAAGAGAAUCAAACAAAAGUCAAGAAAACAAGCACAUAACCCAGAUUUUGAAUACCAACCAAUGACAAAAGCCAAAGAAGAUACAAGGAACAAGACAGAAACUACUGCUGAUAUACCCAAACCAACAGAGGGUACCGAUGAAGAAAAAGAGAAAAAGAAUGAAAAGAAAAAAGAAGAAAUCGAAAUAGAGAAAGAACCUGCUACUGAACCCGAGCAAAAAGAGGGUGCUCAUGAAGCAAAACAGCAACCGAAAGAAAAGAUGUAA